GGGCGUGCUACGUCUUGGUUGGCCGUAGACGUAGGUGGUGGACGUACGGUCGACCGACGACGACGAAGACGACGGCGGCGACGUCGACGUCGCCGAGGACGAGCACAGCAGACUAUCAGCAAAGCUCGCCGUGCGACGGAGAGGAAUAGUUUGCUGUCGUGUGAGAGGAAGAGAGUGAUCAGCCGUUUUAUCGUUACCUACCUGAGGGAGAGCGCACGUUGUGUUUGUUUUCGACAUUCGCAGAGUCCACCGCGAGAGCUAUUCGCACUAGACGCACUCAGGAAAGACGUCAUUCGACAAAAAAGUUUACGAGUGCAGCAGCUUCGAGGCGGAGUCGAAGCCGCGACGAAGGACGCGCGUUGUAGAAAGCCGAACAUCUGUUAAGAAGGAAACUUGGAACAUCUACAAAGGCCAAGGAAGAAAAGCAAGUGGGACGGAAGAGACAUAAACGAGACAAAGAUGACGACAUUCUCAAGGCGGUGCUUCGAGGAUAAAGAAUAAAGAAAAGGAGAAGGAAAGAAAACAAAGGUCAACACCUUAGAUUCGUGUCUCAGCACUCCUCCUUUCCGACCGCGUGUUCGAGAAAGUUUAAGUCAAGUGCUUCGAUAAAUCAAAAAGUGGUCGGAGUGAAGCAUUCGUGAGCGAGCAAGAGAAUCGUACGUAUCGUGCGGAACACUAGGAAGAGUAGUAGUUCGCAGUGCGUCGCUCCAGUGUUUUCGUUCACCUGACGGCUGGCUCAUCUUCCCUCCGCGAGGCGGAGGGUGGUGAAGCAUCGAUCGCUCGCCAUUUUGCGGGACGACCGACAUCUUCUGCGUGUAUCGACGACAUCUUGCCGUGUGACACCUUCGGCGAUACGGAAGAUACAGAGGCUGCUGCGGUGGCAUCACGCCGAACGAAACGACUGUAAUAUUUGCCUAUCUGUGCGUCCCUGAGUGUGCGUCUCUUUGCUCGCUUAUCGAUCGACCACACCGAGGACCGCCGCCAUAUUACGCGCGGUGUUCUCCGGCCGCGGCGGUGGCGGCGUAGUGGGUGCAUUAUCGCGAAUUUGUUUCCGCGUAACUCCGCGUAGGCGAGAAGGGACGAGUUUCGACGGUGAAGAGGGUGGCACACCGGUGGCCAACGUCGCGGGAGGGAGGAAAGGAGGAGGAGGAGGAGGAGGAGGAGGAGGAGGAGGGGGAGGAGGUGUCCUUCAAGUCGAAGGUAGAAAUCAGCAGGCUGGGAGGUCGGUUGAGCGAGGUGGUGGGUCCCGUCGUGGAGGAGGCCAUCGAGCCAGGGGAUGCGACCCCGCUGACGGGACCCUCGAGGGAGUCCUCGGUACCUCGAGCACCCCCGCCACCGCCGCAGCGUGUCACGACACCGAGUCCGCCGAGACCACCGCCCGCUACGUCACAGCAUCAUCAGCAGAAUCCGGGUCAUUCGACCCAUUCCCCGGGACGUCAGUCCCAGAAUCCCGGCCACAAUCCUGGUCAUAACUCGGGCAAUCCCGGACACAGAGCGGAGCACAAUCCGGCUCACAAUCCCGGUAAUCCGGGCCACAAUCCGGUAGAUCAGCAGAAUACCGGUCAACCAGGUCGGAAUCUCGCUGGUCGGUCGGCGCAAAAUCCCGGUCACCCUACCAAUCCAGGAGGACAGGAGACUCGAAAUCCUCACCCGGCUCAGAACGCGAGUCGUCAGCCGAGCCUGAAUCCCACUCAGCCGACGCAGGGCGGCAGGGAUCAGGCGCAACAGCAGCAGCAGCAGCAGCAGCAGCAGCAGCAGCAGCCGCCAUCGCCGCCGCCUCCGCCGCCGCCGCCGCCGCCGCCGCCGUCGCAACAAUCGCAACCACAAUCACAACAGCAACCGCAACAUCCGGACCAGCGUAUCGCCAGCGUCGCUAUGGGGACCGUGUUGUCGUUCAGCCCGCGGGAUCGUCGCGGGUCUGUUUAUCCACCAGCGGGACAUCAGCAUCCCGCCGAUUUUACGUUGAACAACUUCAAUUACGAGCAGCUGAACAACGCGAAGAAUCGCGAGAACAAGAGCAGCGUCGCAACGGUGGCGCCGGCGCCGCCCACGAAUCACCCACCGACCAACAACAAUUCGCUGCAGAACAAUAAUAUUAAUUUGAACAACAACGACAACGCGAGGAUCAUCUCCGAGAAGAACGCUCUGGAGAAGAACCUGAAGAAGCAUUCGCUCUUCAUCAACGCUCUAUCGUGGAAGCGGUUCAGCACGGCGAACAACAACAAGAAGAAGCUCGACAACAAGAACAAGAACAUCGCCUUCAGACAGCCGCUCGAUAAUAUACCUAUCGUCGAUAAGAACAAAAACAUACAAACGCCGCAGACAAAACCACCGGCGUCGAACAACAAUCACACUACGCACAAUCCGACAUGCGAGAAAUUGGUGCAGAAACCCCUGCCCCCUGGACCAAGGAAAACCGUCAUCCAGGCCUCCACCUCGGAAUUGCUCAAGUGCCUCGGCGUCUUCCUGCACAGGAAAUGCACCCGAUUAAGGGACUUCCAAGCCGGUGACGCUGUCAUGUGGCUCAGAACUGUUGACAGAAGUCUCCUGCUUCAGGGCUGGCAGGACGUCCCUUUUAUAAACCCUGCCAAUGUAGUGUUCGUGUACAUGUUGGUGAAAGAGCUCGUCGAUGGAGACGAGGCAUCUGAGAAGGAGCUCCAGGCGACGGUACUAACGUGUCUCUACCUGAGCUACAGUUAUAUGGGCAACGAGAUCAGUUACCCGCUCAAGCCGUUCCUUAUCGAGGACAGCAAAGACAAGUUCUGGGACCGAUGCCUAUUGAUCGUCAACCGACUUAGCUCCGAGAUGCUACGAAUCAACAGCGAGCCCGGAUUCUUCACAGAGAUAUUCACUGAGCUCAAGGCCUGCGGUGCCAGCGAACGUGGCAGUUUGACUGGCAGCGGCCUCGAACGGAGCCUUGUCGUCUCCGGAGUCGCGGUACCCACCAAGGCAGCUUGACGGAGCUACACACACCUGCUGGUGCGCAUCGCCAGGCACGGCUGCGACGUCACGACGCUCUGACGAUGGCCAUCGCGACGACGAGGAGCCGCGCUCGCAGCUUGACCCCACCGCAUCGACCUCGACUUCGGCUUCGACGUUACCUCGCCAGCAGCAGCAGCAGCAGCAGCAGCAGCAGCA